AUGGACUUUUUACAGCAUAUUGCCUUCAGACUUUACAUCAUGCGGGUUAAGUAUGAUACUGCUUGUGGCAAGGUAUCAAAUGAAGCUAAUCGGAUGCUUGAUGCGGGCUUUAAACCUGAUGAUCGUGCUAUAUUAGAAUUGGAAGAACCAGACAAGCUGGUAAAGAUGGGGUCUGCUCACACAUUCAUCAUGGAAGAAAAAAAAGUAUCUGAAGAGGGUUUAUACAUCGUGGGUUCAACACCAACAGUUGUAGCGUUUGAAGAGGGUUUAUUGGUUUUUAUUGAAUUUGUUGGUUUGAGAAGCAGAGGAAGAAUGGAGGAAGAGAAUGAUGGUGGUUGGGGUCGGUUUAAUGUCCUAGUGGAAGUGGCACGGAUUGUGAAAGAAGAAGAAGAAUCACAAGAAAAGGAAAUAAACUUGAGGAAGAAUAUCAAACCAAAUUCAAUCUGGAUGAUGAAUAAUCCCCAAAGGGCUGAAGAAAGUUCUGAGCUUUCAAGUCGUCCCAAACCGAAAAGGACAGAGAGGCCCAAGGAGAAGAAGCCUUCUCAAUUGCAACGUUCAGAUGUGAAUUUUAAUCAACCAAAGAAGGAUGGAAGUGACCCAAUUUCUUGCUGGAAAUUUUUUGUUGAUUUCUCAGACAAAUCAUUUGAUGCUGCCACAACUAGUUCUUCGGAAGAGAUGCCCAUGCCUAUGUCUGAUUCUGAGCAACCAAUAAUGGCAAUUCCUGAAGCCAUUUACUGCAAAGAUUAUGGGUUCAUUGUCAAGAACCCAUCAUCAUCAAAGAGGGUUCGAAAUGAAAAGGUUGAAUUUCAAGGAGAAUUGAAGCUAUUUCCUGACAAUUAUGGAGUUGUUUUCAAGAGGAACCCAUCUUCAUCAAAGAGGGUUAGAACUGAAAAGGUUGAAUUUGAAGGAGAACUGAAGCCACUGCCUGAGAAUUAUGGUCUUCUUUUCAAGAACCCAUCGUCAUCAAAGAGGGUUAGGAAGAAAAAGUUGAAUCUUCAGGGUGAAUUUAAGCCACUGCCUGAAAAUUUCAAGAACAAGAUCAUAACUUUGGGAGGACCAAGUUCUGAAUCAAGCAUAACUUUUGUGUUUCAGAAAGUGUUAACAGCUACUGAUGUGAAUCCUCGACACAGCAGAUUACUGAUACCAUUUGGGCAAGUAAAAGAUCAUUCCUUUUUGACUGAUAGUGAAAGGGAUAUGUUGGAGAACAGAUAUAACAAGACUGAUGAAGGGAGGACUAACGAUGUUGAAGUCAAUAAUGGGGCUGUGAUGGUGAUUCGUGCCAUUUUUCUGAAUCCUGCUUGCAAUGAGCAACAAAUGUGUUUGACAAGAUGGGACAUGGGCAAAGGUGCUGAUAAAGCUAGUCCUAACUAUUGUUUGCGGACGCAGUGGAGAAAAGUGGUGGAAGAGAAUCAACUCAAAGAGAAUGAUACCAUCCAGCUGUGGGGAUUUAGGAAAGGUUUAGCUUUGGGAUUGGCUUUAGUUCAACUUUAA